GCUCCUUAGGUCUUGCCGGCAGAUUAAACCAACUGACAAUGCUGCUAGACUAACAUGUGCAGUGUACCAGCUUGUUGCUUUGGAUAUAGCUUGUUCCCUUGCCCUACUCAUGCAGCGCGUGUCAGCGCCGUCAACUUUUUCCAUAGACUCACUGAUGUCAGCUCCGGUGCCAACGUCUUCGGGACCGGCUAGGCUGCCUUUACCCAUGUUCUACAACAGCUAUUUGUUCUUAUCUCAGGCCGGUUUUUAUCAUGGACUGGGCUUCUCUCAACAGCCGAUGCCCUUACAAUCCCCAGAAAUGCCUACACAGUCGCCUCAACUGGGGCUCACCGUUAACCCACAUAUGUAUGGAUCUUCUUUUGGGUGUGUACCAGGACUACCAGGUACUCCUAACUUCAGGGGCCCUGUUCCUGGUCUGACUGCCGUUGUGCCAUCCGCAGCUUGCGGCACACCAACAAUAUCUCUGCCUACUAUGGAUUCACCCAAGACUUGGGAAUUUGAUCCUGCUAGCCCGGCAUCAUCAUCAUGCCCGUCAAGUCCUCAAAGAGAAUCCCCUUCUCCUGAAAAGGUAUACUGUCAUGAUGAUAACUUCAAAGAGUUUCCUGUGUCUCCUUCCGGUUCUGACUCUAGUCAAGCUUCUCCAUUGGAACUGACCACCUCACAUCAUACUAGAAGCCAUAAAACUAGGGACACCGAGGGCUGCAAUGGAAAGCGGAGCUCCCGGGAGGGAGUUGCGAAGAAUCGGCGGAGACGGACAGCUUUCACUAGCGAACAGCUGCUGGAGUUGGAGAAAGAGUUUCACUCCAAGAAAUAUUUAUCUCUUACUGAGCGCUCCCAAAUUGCCCAUUCUCUACAGCUUAGCGAAGUCCAGGUAAAGAUAUGGUUUCAGAACAGACGCGCCAAAUGGAAGAGGGUAAAAGCCGGAAUGACGUCGGGACGGUCAGCACCUAGCUCCCAUACACACAAAAUCGUCGUUCCCAUCCCAGUCCAUGUCAAUAGAAUGGCCAUCCGGAGUCAGCAUCAACAGAUGGAGAAGUCAGCUGCUAGUGUACGAUUGAGGGAAGGAUUAGGAAGAGGCGGAGACUUUACAACGUCACGAUAGUUGUGAUACUUGUCAAGUGAUCAGUUUAAGAUCUUCAGCUACGAAUUUUCUCCUGUAGUUUCAUUUGAUGGAAAUAGUGAUUCGUUUCAGAAACUAAGCCAACCUGCACCAAGGACUAAUAAUACAUUAUUCAGAUAGGUCACUGUGGUGUGAUGAGAUAUAGCAAUGGUCACUUUAGAUAUACUUGUGGGCUAACCCAGGUUCACCACUCAUGGUAAGACAAAAGAACAUCGUGCUUCUUCUUGACCGCUACAGCAAUUAAAGUUUUACGGACUUUUAGGUUGAUGAAAGUCCAACGGAAAGCAUAGGUUACAGAGCACGAAGUAACCAUUAAAGUGACCGUUCACGUAAUACUAUCCUAACAGCUUCAUCUUCAAAGAAGCGAGACAAUUGAAACUAUAUGUAUAUAUUCAUAUGUAUUAUAUAACACCACAGUCUUGAUCAGAAUCAGACCUGUUUGUGUAAAAAAAUACGUGUAUUUCAAAGGAGAGAUCCGUGGAAUACUAGGCCUUACGACAUAGAGAAUAGCAGCAAUUUCGAAUAGUUAUAAUGGAAACGAACGAAUUUCCAAAUAUUGGAAAGUUUUUGAUUUUGAUUGUUAAGGAGAAAGCUUAGAUCAAACAACGUGGAUUAAAGAAAAAUCAACAAGGUAACAUUGUGGAGUUCGGCUGACAUACCAUGCUCUUAAAUUUUUCAUUUUAAACGUGUUUUAAACAAAGUUAGUAAUCAGUUGUUUCGGUUAUGUACCUAACUGAAAUUAAAAAAAUCCUAUACCAAGAUUUGAAGAAAGAAGUGUGAGAAAUCCAAUUAAUUUAAUGUUGAACUGCUCAAAUGAGAAUUUAUGAUCAAUGUAUCGGACGAUAUUAAUUAGCCUUUAUGGUCUAUACGUAAAUUUAGCUAGAAAAAGUACAUGAAUGUAUUUAGAAUCUCAGCUCUAUAAAAAAAAAAGCUGAUAUUUACGUGUAUCUAUAGAUCCUCAGCCAAGCUAUGCGUUAUUUCAUCUAGUGUAUAGUCUACUUUGAAGGAGGAUCUUAUCGAACUGACACCUGAAAUAUGAAAUGUGUCUGAACUGAGUGAAUAACUCACGUAAAUAAUUAUCCUACAUGUUUCAAUUAAACAUAAGCUAGUUGUUACAGAUCGUCAAAGUCCUUGUUUUUGAGCUUUUGUGUGAUGAGAAGUCGUAGCAUUUACAUCAGUUAUAAUGUAGAUAUGUGAGGUUCAAUUAGAAUGUCUUGAAAAUAAUUGUUUUGUGGUGAAGUCAUGAGAUAUCACUUGACGAAUUACAAUAUUUUUUUCUUGUAAUUAAUUUACCGUUAUGUAGCAAUAUUCUUCUUUCAAAUUGGUUGUAUA